UAUAUAUGUGUGAGUGUGCGCACUUUCCCUCUUUCUUUCUUUUUCCGUUCCUAUAGCCCAUCUCUCUCCACACUCUCCUCCUCUUUUACUUCUCCACCACACCCAUCCUCCGCCAGAAUACAAAUAAUGCACGCCCCCGCAGUCACCACUCCGCAGGCGCGUCUUGAGGAAUACAAGACCCUGCUCGAAAACGACGUCCGCGUCAAGGUCGCAGGCGUGGAUCUCGACGGCAUCCUCCGUGGCAAGGUCAUGGCCAAAUCCAAGUUCCUGUCUGUCCUCGACUCUGGAUUCGGCUUCUGCUCCGUCAUCUUCGGAUGGGACAUGCACGACAAAACUUAUGAACAGGAACUCAGCGUCUCCAAUGCCGCCAAUGGAUACAAGGAUAUCAUUGCAAUCCCAGACCUGUCCACUUUCAGACGCAUACCAUGGGAGAACGACAUUCCAUUCUUUCUCUUGUCAUUCUAUGACCCCAACACGAAGGAGCCUUUGGCAGUUUGUCCUCGUAGCCUUCUCAAGCGGGUCACGGACGAGCUUGCGACACUGGGUUGGGAGGCGAUGUGUGGAGCCGAGUUUGAGUUCUACAAUUUUAAAGAAACACCCGAGACACUGGCUGACAAGGGACACACCAAUCCUCAGGCACUCACCCCGGGCAUGUUUGGAUACUCGCUCCUUCGACCGGCCUUGAACCAGGAUUACUUCUACGACGUCUUUGAUCAGUGCACCAACUUUGGUAUCAACAUCGAGAGCUUUCAUACAGAGACAGGUCCUGGAGUGUACGAGGCAGCCUUGGCAUACGAUACUGCAGUCAAUAUGGCAGACAUGGCCAACCUAUUUAAGCUGUCAGUCAAGCAGCUCGGUCUGAAGAAGGGGAUCAUGCCCACGUUCAUGGCCAAGCCCUACGGCGAUCUGCCAGGAUGCUCAGGACAUUUGCACUUUUCAAUCCGGGAUAUUGUCACAAAAACCAACCUCUUUGCAGCGUCAUCUUCUAACGGCGUCUCAUAUGGUCAUCAGCUCCACAGCCCAACCUCGGAAGGAGAGGAAGCAAGCAAUACAGCAGCCGGACGACCCGAUUGGGAGACCACAGUUGAGGGCGUUGGUGAGAUGAGUCAGCUUAUGAAGCACUUUAUGGCAGGCCUCCUUACAGCCUUGCCGAGUAUCAUGUGCAUCCUGGCACCCAACAUCAAUUCAUACAAGCGCCUGGUUGAGAACUAUUGGGCUCCAGUGACCGUCUCCUGGGGCAUCGAGUCGCGCGUCUCUGCCAUCCGUGUGAUCGGACCACCACAGUGCGAUUCCAAGGGAACUCGUCUGGAGAUGCGAGUUGGUGGUGCUGAUAUCAACCCACAUCUGGCGAUCGCAGCCUGUCUCUCCGCAGGAUUGUACGGUAUCAAAAAGAAGCUGGCGAUGCCUGUUGGACCCACAACUGCGGAUGUUGAAGCGAAUAUGGCGUCAGGAAAGGUUGAGGCCAAGCCGGCGGAGAGAUUGCCAAAGUCAUUGAAGGAAUCGGCGCUGAAGAUGCUGGAGAAGGGUUCAAUUGCGCGAGAGAUCUUGGGCGAUACGUUUGUGGAGCACUAUGGAGCCACGCGCUUGAACGAGCACCGGUUGUGGGAGACUGCGGUGACGUCCUGGGAGACGAAGCGAUACUUUGAACUCGUGUAGGUUCACAUCGUCGUAGUCGGCUCCGGAUCGGAGCGCUGUGGCGACCUUUCUACAACAUUGGCCCAUUGUCGAUAUAUCUCCUGGUUAAUGAACAAAUACCAAAGCGAAAAUCAUUGACGUCAUUGCUUCAGUUUUUAUGUAAAUAGAAAAAUAAAUAAACCAAGCUUUAUUGUAGCUGUGCUACUGUAGGUGGAGCCAGCCCUAGCUG